AUGCAAGUAGGGUUUCUUGGGCUGAAAGUGCUAGUGUGGUGGUUUUUGUCGACGCUGGUACGAGCAGAUAUGGAUGUGAUCAGGCCUGCUGGAGGGGACAAGUUUUCUGCAGCUUCUGGAUCCGCUAGGAUAACACUAGGAUGGAAAUUUGCAACUGAGACUUAUCCCAGGCUCGAAGAUGUGGUAGUUUACAAUAUCACCUUAUGCUGGGGUCCACCUGACGAAGGCCAGUUUAAAUGUGGCCACAAUCUUGGAGCAAACAUCCUGCCUAACCAACUCAAGGAAGAAAAUGGGGAGCUAACCUACCCUGUGGUUAUAAAGGCUGAUCUUGUGCCUGAUGGAGAGUACUUUAUUCAGUUGACGGCGAAUGCAGGCAUUAUGGGAUAUUCUAUCCAUUAUUCCGAUCGUUUUCUAUUAGAAUCGAUGUCCAAACUAGCAACGGACACAACGCAUUACAAGGGAAAACCCUGGGGAGAAGGGCAUAUAACUGCAGACAAGUCUGGGAGUUCAUUCAAUCCUACUUUAGGGUACAUUACAGUGCCCUACACCGAACAAACAGCACUCACUCGAUGGGCUCCGAUACAGACACAACCAGGAACCACUGUAACCGCCACCACAUGGUCUAUUCGCCACCCGACUAGUGCCGUUAGUUACUAUGCCAGUUUGAAGUUAUAUGCGUUCCAACUCAGCACAAUAACCAUCCCUAGGACAGACAGUUUUACGUCCGUGAUCAACGGCCAGACUCCGGCUCCCCAACCCAGCGAAAAUGGGCUCGGAUACGAUCCUAAGAGCAGAUUGACCCUCUCAACACGCAAGCUGAACUAUCGCGCCGCAGCCAAGAGCCGCGCAAAACGGUAG